UAUAAAAGAAUCCACUUUUUUUUAUCUUUGGCGGGCAAUUGUUAAAGCUCUGCAACACACACUCUCACCCAAUUCCCAGGAGAAUUGGCAUCAGUCGUAUUUCUGGUUAAAUUCAUAUUUGAAGGCUUUUUUUUCAAUAUAUAUAUCCAUCAUAGUAAGAGAGAAGGAAUGUUGCUAUGAAUUAAUGGCUUGUUAUCCUUCCUUGAAUCUUCGCAAUCCUUCCUUAUGGGCGAGUCUUCAUUGCAUUCGAAGGAAAUUCUCAAUGAAUCUGAGGGUUGGAAAUAAAUCAUUGAGUUGUAACAGAUUCUAUGUGAUCCGCCCUUCACCCUUUCAAACCAUUAAGGGGUACUGCAAUUUAUCUGGAAACAUAAAUUCUACUUUACCUGAUGAUCUUCAUGCAAUUUCCCAUGGGAAUGCAGUGAUUUCUGCAAAGAAGGAACCAAAAUUUCACCAAGAUUCAGCUCUAGGCAGAGCCAACCUUCGAGAAAAUGUGGUGAAUGCUAAUCCCUCUAAUGGUAGAGUAAUGCUUAUUGAUGGCACAUCAGUCAUUUAUAGGGCCUACUACAAACUUCUAGCGAAACUGCAUCACGGGUACCUAUCGCAUGCUGAUGGCAAUGGUGACUGGGUGUUAACUAUAUUUACAGCUUUAUCACUUAUAAUUGAUGUUCUGGAAUUUGUUCCUUCACAUGUAGCGGUUGUGUUUGACCAUGAUGGAAUUCCAUUUGGUCAUACAUCUUUUUCUUCAAAAGAAAAUGUCAUGGGGAAAGGUUUAAAUUUUCGUCAUACUAUGUUCCCUUCAUACAAGAGCAACCGCCCUCCUACACCUGAUACCAUAGUUCAGGGACUUCAAUAUUUGAAGGCAUCCAUCAAAGCUCUGUCCAUUAAGGUGAUUGAGGUACCUGGGGUAGAAGCUGAUGACGUGAUUGGAACACUGGCUGCAAGGAGUGUUGAUGCAGGGUUUAAGGUUCGAGUUGUUUCCCCCGACAAAGAUUUCUUUCAGAUCCUAUGUCCUUCAUUACGCCUACUACGAAUUGCACCACGUGGAUAUGAGAUGGUUUCAUUUGGACUGGAGGAUUUCUCAAAAAGAUAUGGAGAUCUGAAACCUUCUCAGUUUGUUGAUGUAGUCUCUCUUGUGGGUGAUAGAUGUGACAAUAUUCCAGGAGUUGAUGGAAUUGGAAAUGUCCAUGCUGUUCAAUUGAUCACUAAGUUUGGCACAUUGGAGAAUUUACUAAAGUGCGUUGACCAGGUUGAAGAAAACCACAUCAGGAAGACCUUGAUAGAAAAUGCUGAACAAGCUGUCUUAAGCAAGAACUUGGCAAUGCUGAGAUGUGAUCUUCCAUUCUACAUGGUACCAUUUUCCACCGGAGAUCUCACAUUUAAUAAACCCGAGGACAAUGGUGAGAAAUUCACAAGCCUUUUGAAUGCCAUAAGUGCAUAUGCAGAAGGAUUCUCAGCUGAUCCAAUUAUUAGAAGAGCUUUGUAUUUGUGGAAGAAGCUUGAAGCAUCUUAAUCUUGCUUUGGCGCUAUUAAGGAAAUCUAAAUAUGUUUAGAAAGGGACAACUGCGUUGAAUUGCUUA